AUGUUUAUAUCUUCUGAUACAGUUAUUGUUUAUAUCUAUGCACUUAGGAAAUAUGCGAUCCAGUGCGGUAUUGACGAUAGGCUCUCCAAGCCUGCUUUGAAGCAAAAGUUAAUAGAUUAUCUUACACAAUCUCAAAACAAUCACGAAAUCAAUAAUAAUAAUAAUAAUGAAAUACUAGAUACUACUCCAACUUAUAUAAAUAAAAUAGAAAUCAAUAUCAACAAUAAUAAUCAUAAUCAUAACAAUAAUCAUAAUAAUAAUAGUUUUGUAAAUAAUAAUAACAAUAAUAAUAAUUUUAAAGAAUAUCAAUAUAGUAAUUAUAAUGAAAGUAAUUACUAUAAUAGUCAUAAAAGUAGAGAUGAAAAAAUAAAACAAUUAAAACAAUAUAUAUUUAAUAAUAAUAAUAAUAAUAAUGAUGAUGAUGGUCUUGUAUCUUUGGAGAACAACAAUCAUAGUAAUCAUUUUGAGACUCAAUCUUCACCACCACCACCACCACCUUUAUCACCACCAAAGAAAAUAAAAAACAACAAGAGACCAGCUCCAACCACUGAUAUUAUUCUUCAGCACUACGACAUUUACAACGAGAAGCAGAAGCAAUAUCAAUGUAAAAACUGCAAAAGCAUGUUGAAUGGGUCAAACAAAAGUAAUUUAAAUAAGCAUAUAUAUCGGUGUCUCGUAUGGCCCAAUGGCAAUACAAUCACAACAACAACAACAACAACAACAAUCACCAACAACAACAACAACAAUAAUAAUGACAAAGAGGAGGAUCAACAAUCUGGACCAAAUUUUAUAGAAGAACAAUCCGAUGACUUUGAAGAGUUUGAGUUUCCAAAUAAGCGUGAAAAGACCGAGCCAUUCAUGACUAUUGACAAUUGUUUUCUGGAGUUUGGUGAUCCAAUCCUGAGCAACAGAUUGAUGAAAUCUAAUGCCGUAUCCACCAGCUGUUUCAUUUGGUCGAAUGCAAGAAAUGAGAGCUACCUGGAAAUCUCUGGUAACUCUCUUUGUUUCAACGAGAGUGGACCCCCAGAGAUUAAUCGAUUCACUCUUUCCUGCAUUCCUUUCGAUAGCAACAACCCUAAUGCUCCGAAGGAAAUACUCGAUUUUUUGGUGCAAGAAGUGAAUGCCUAUGGCUUUAAAGAAAAGAUGUUCUACACAGUUUCCGACAUCAUCUCAUCAACCGAGCUAGACCUGUUGAAGAAACAAGGUGGUUUUAACAGGUUGCUAUCCUCUCAGGAUUGUAUUGUACAAUCACUCCAGUUGGUGGUAGAGAGCUUCUUGCAGGAGCCAGACAACGAGCAGAUUGUGGAGCGUUGUCAAAGAAGAAUUCAGUCCUUCAAAAACUGUUACCUAUCCAUCUAUGAGAAGAACGAGUACAAACCAAGGUUAAAAUCAGCAUCUCGUUGGUUGUCGAUUUUAAAGUUGCUCGAGAAUACAAUAGAGAUCUCUGAGGAUAUCAACAACACGGCUGCCUUGUAUAUAAACACCGAUUUCGAACAACAAGAGUUGGAUCUGAGUGAACUGAGUAUUUCCGAUGACGAGAGUAAAGCUAUCAAAAAUAUCAUAGAUAUUCUUCAACCAUUCAGAAAUGAAACACUCAAACUCCAGAGUCCAAACUCUAAUAUUUCCGAUAUCCUGCCGUCGUAUCUCCUCAUUAGAAAACAAUUGUUAGUGCAUAAAUCAACGACAGUUCCAUCCAGUGCUGAUAGCUCCACCAUCUCAAAAAUCAUCGAAGACAUUGAGAGUAUUUAUAUCAACCAUAAUAACUAUAUCUACUUUUUUUCAUUGGAUAAAGAAUUGAUUCAAUUUGGCUUAAAAAGCAGAGAAACUUUAAAACUGAUAGCAGCAACUUUGAGUAAGUUUUCAAAAUUUUUAUAA